AACUGUGAGCGGUGGCUGCGCGCUCGAAAGCGACGGCGAGCGAUCACCGGGAGAGUCCGCGGCUGAGGAAUCUUGUCUGGCGGAGUCUGGAAUCGCAAGUAUGGAUAAAGAUAACCUUUUCAAAUCUCCUUGCCAGCAGGAACGUAAGAAGUACAAGGCAGAUUCUAGUAAUGAGAAUCGCACUUCCCUGGUCAUUCCUGCUUCUCCCUUCAUGAAGAAGCUGGGCUACGGUACUGGAGUUAAUGUGUAUCUUAUGAAAAGAUCCCCCACAGGUACAUCAAAUUCUCCAUGGGCUGUGAAAAAGAUUAAUACCCAGUGUAAUGUGAAGCAGCAAGGUAUUUACCUGAAGAGACUUCAGGAUGAAGCGAAGCGUCUGAAACAUCUUGAGCAUCCUAAUAUUGUUGGUUAUCGAGCUUUUACUGAAGCAAAUGAUGGAACACCAUGUCUGGCUAUGGAGUAUGGAGGAGAGAAGUCUUUGAAUGAUCUGAUAGAAGAAAGGAGUGAAAGUGGCAAAGGGCCUUUUCCUGCCUCUACCAUCUUCAAAGUGGCCUUGCAUGUGGCCUAUGGAUUGAAGUACCUACACAAUGAGAAGAAAUUAUUGCAUGGAGAUAUCAAAUCUUCCAAUAUAGUCAUUAAAGGAAACUUUGAGACGAUUAAGAUCUGCGAUGUAGGUGUUUCACUUGAUUUGGACGAGAACAUGCAAGUGAGUGAUCCAACUGCGACAUACAUUGGCACUGAGCCAUGGAAGCCAAGAGAGGCUCUGGAAGAAAGUGAUCCAAUUACAGACAAAUCGGACAUCUUUGCCUAUGGCCUUACCGUGUGGGAAAUGAUGACUCUUUCUAUGCCUCAUAUAAAUUUUUCUGAAGAUUCUUUCAGCGAGGAUAGCUUCGAUGAAGAUGCUUAUUAUGCAGCUUUGGGAACACGACCUGCACUCAACAUGGAGGAACUAGAUAAUUCAUACAAGGAAGUUAUUGAACUGUUCCUGGUCUGCACGAAUGAAGAUCCUCAAAAACGUCCCUCUGCUGCACAGAUAGUAGCAGAAUUAGAGGCAAUAAAAAAGGAAUGAUUUAUUUUUGAGGUUUUCUCAUUCCCUAGCCUUGAAAUCUAACCUUAUUCUCAUUUGCACUCUUUAAUACUGUUUUGUUUGGUAUAAUAGACUUGUGUACAUUGUUUUUAAACACUAACUUGUUUAAUAACUGUAAUAAUAAAUCUUAAUUAUACAUUUAUACGUGCAGAAUUUACUAUAAUUUUCUUUAGAUUUAAAUCUGGCCCACUGAAGAAGAAAAUGCUACAGAGCAGCUAAUCUCCCAGUCUAGAGCAGAACGUCAGUGAUGCAAAACUCAUUACAUUGUUUAAAUGUUUGCAGAUGUAUUUUCUCAAGAUAGAAAAUGGAGUUCUGAUGUUGCAAAAACCUUGCUAAAGCGUGUAUUAUGAUUGCUUAUUAACCUCCAUCUGCUAUUGCUUGGUUGUACUUGCUCAGUUGAUCAAGAUUUGUUGUAAUCUUAGAUAACUUCCUAAAUUGCUCACUAUACCUUGAUAUUUGUGUUGUCCAUAAAUUACUAACAUUCUCUUCCAAAUUGUUAACUGCUUCCAAUCACUCACCUGUUCCCAAUAAUGCAUAUACAAACAUCAAUUUCAGUUCAGUAAACUUCAAAAGGCAAUGUGUUGCAAGUUUAUAAAAUAUUUGACUUGCAAAAAAAAUGCAUGGUGCACAUUCUGGAAUGGAACAAAACUUAUCUUAAUUUACUGCCGUUUUCCAUAAGGCUAAUUUUUCUUUAGAAAGUCUUGAAAUAAAAAGAGGACUUAAGGUAUAAUAGGACAUAAGUUAAUUUAGAGCUUGCGUGUUUCUUAGAAAAACUGGAUUAAAUAGCUGAAGAUCAAGAUGUAGUCAAUCAUAAAUG